AUGGCGGUGCCAGUGCUAGAAGCAGAGGUUGCAGUGCAGCUGGAAGCUGGCUUGGGGGAAGGAUCGAUCUGGGACAGUCGUUCCAAGAAGCUGAUUUGGCUCGAUAUUUUGGGUGUGAAGCUCUUCCGUUUCGACCCCAGCAGCGGCCAGAACGAGGUCUUCGAGCUUUCCGGCUUCUCCACGUCAGUGAGCUCCGUGGUGCCGAUCUCCAGCGAGGUGGACCCAGAGGGUGACACGGUCGGGGUGACCCUUCGUGAGGGCUUUGCCAUCUACAACUUCCGCACUCGAGGCCUCCAUAAGCUGGGCAACGACCCGCCCAUCAAACACGGAGAGCGUUUCAAUGAUGGGAAGGUGGAUCCUCGUGGAUGCUAUUGGGCUGGAACCUUGGCGCGGGAUGAGUCCUCUGAGAUUACCUCUGGAGCAGCCACCCUGUACUGCCGAGAUCUCGAUGGCUCGGUGAAAGCCGUGCUCACAGAUCUCAGCAUCUCGAAUGGUUUGGUUUGGACCACGGACGCUCGGAGCAUGUAUUUCAUUGAUACGCCAUCCGCUCAGAUUGAUCGCUUGGAUUUCGACCCCAGCUCUGGCACCCUUUCAAAUCGACGACCAGUCGUGAAGGGCUUUGACUUCGAGACCACUGGAUUUCCAGAUGGGUGUGCCAUUGACCAGGAGGACAGGCUCUGGGUGGCACGUUUCAAUGGCGGCUGCUGUGGUUAUUACGACCCAAAGAGUGGCAAGCUGCUAGCAGAAGUACGCGUACCUGCAGAGGCCGGAAAACAGGUGACCUCUGUGGCCUUCGGUGGCAGUGAAAUGCGAGAUCUAUACCUCACCACAGGACGAGAAGGCUUUGAUGAGGCCAAGGCCAAGCAAUAUCCUCUGGCAGGGUCCUUGUUUGUUGUCCCGGCUGUGAAGUUGGCUCAUAUCAGCGGCGGUGUGGCGGGACAGGUGAAGCCACCCUUGGGAAACUAUGCCGUGGUGUCAGCCUCUGGAUUGUUGCUUUGCUGGCCUGAGAGGCCUUUGAUCCUCACCAGCUGCCUCAUUAAACAAGGCAGUCAGCUGGCUGUGACUUUGCCCAAUGGUCUGGUGGUCGAAGCUCAGCUGGUGGCCUCUGCACGUUUGGGCGCCUCCUCGGAGGCUUUUCGCAGCUUGGCGUCCCGUGGCUGGCGCUGUGGCAACAAACUCUUUGAUAUCUCGAUGACCAGUGCGCUACAACUCACUUUGUUGCGGCCGAGUUCGAGCCAGUUUGUGGCUGACCCCAGUUCGAGCAAAAAGAGCAAAAAGAGCAAAGAGAAGGCGUCGCUGUGGCUUUCCUUUUCGGAGCCCGUGGAGCAGUGGAUUGGACAGCGGGUGCUGUUGCACUCAGCGCCCUUCGGAGCAAGGGCUGGGAGCUUCUGGUCCCAGCUCAGGGUGGUGAUGCGAGGUGUGAUCUCCAACCUCUCGAGCCCUCCCGGGCUCAUUUUGACGGAUGCCCCUGGAGCUGAGAGCUCUGCUGGGGGAGCUUUGGUGCUAGAAGGCACCAACGAGGUGAGACAAGGCGUGGCCCUCUUGUGGCUGGACUCCGGCAGCUGGGCUUCUGCCAUCGUCUUGUCGAGUGAGGGGCACUUGCUGACCUGCGCACAUCUCUUGCUGGGCAACUCCUGGAUGGAGCUCCGUGCGGACCGGCCGACAAUUUGGAGUGAGAAGGAGUACAAGUUCAACCCAGCGCUGUGGAACCAAAGGGCCGAUCCCCUCGAGGGCACCGAGGUCUGGGCUGUCGGACAUGGCCUUUUCGGCCCUGGAUGUCCGUGGAAGGGCCCUGCUGUGACUUCAGGCCUUCUCUGCAAAGUGGUGCGGGCCUCCUCAGGGCGGCGUGCCAUCCUUCAAAGUAGCGCAGCGGUACACCGCGGGUGUAGUGGCGGGGCCCUAGUGGCCAAUGGGCAGCUGUUAGGCAUGGUCACCACCAACGUCAAGCAACAGGAUGGAUUCGUCAUGCCGCGUGUGAACUUCAUCCUGCCCGUGGGCCUGCUAUCUCCUGUUUGUACAUAUUUGGAGAACCUGAAGGUUCUACCUGCGACGGAGGCACUGGCAAGAUUGACCGAGGACUUCUUGGAAUUGAGUUGUUCGACGCUGUUCGUUUUCCAGGCCUCAGGCAGUGCCUGUCAGGCAGCUCUGAGUCGUUCGAAGUGGUCUGAGGAGCUCCGGCCCUCUGCGGCAGAUGAGGAGGAGCGCUCCUUCUGGCGCUUGGAUGUGGAGCGUUUGAAGCUACCCAGCCGCCGCUCGGGUUGGAACGUGAAGACUCGCCGUGGGAAACGGCAUGCGUUGAAGCGGCUGGAGCUUUUGGAGAAAGAAGCGAAAGAGGAGGCGCUGUGGACGUUGGGUUCGGGUGCCUUUGACCAACAACACCCGUGGCAGGCCAGUCGGCAAGAUGCUCUCAAAGCAGAGACCCGUACGUCAUCAACUUCUGUUCCGCCUGGCAACAAGGGGAUUGCGUUUGUGAGCUACAAGGACCCAAACAAUGCCUCUAGCCCAGAGCAGUUGUGGAAGGAAGGGGGUCCUUCCACGAGCGUGAACCUUCUCAACAGGCUUUCUGCCAUAGCAAUGCCGGCAGUCACUUUACGAACAAGCAUCUCUAGUGUUCAAAAAAUACAGAAACGAGAAUAA